AUAGAGUUACCUCCCCUGCUCCCACGGUCGCCAUAUUUGUUAGAGCCAUGGCAGUGUUCGUCCGUCAGAUAACUCGUGCUCCUGUCUUGUUGCAGCAGUGCGCGAGAUUAGCAGUAACACAGAAUGUCAGCAAGAGGGGUUACGCAGAUAUGGCAUUCACUAUGGCAUCGCCAUCAGAUAUUUUCUACAACAAUGCCAAGGUGAAGCAGGUUGAUGUCCCAUCACUCAGUGGUAGUUUUGGUAUCCUCCCAGAUCAUGUUCCUUCUCUAGCUGUCCUCAAGCCAGGUGUUGUCACAGUCUACGAGGAAGAUGGGUCCACAAAGAAGGUUUUCGUGAGCAGUGGGUCAAUUACAAUCAAUGAUGAUUCCUCAGUGCAGGUCCUAGCAGAAGAAGCUCACCCAGUGGACAGACUUGAUGCAUCUGCUAUCCGAGAUGGUCUAGCCAAAGCACAACAGGACUUCAACUCUGCUAGUUCUGACAGAGCAAAGGCUGAAGCCCAGAUUUCUUUAGAGUGCUAUGAAGCCCUGUCAAAGGCCCUUGAGUAGACCAUGGACUUGUUAAUAUCAUCAGAUCCUACUGUGAAUAGCUGCAACAGCUGAGUGACAACAUAACAUAUUCUGGAUGGAUGUUUGCCAUAUUCUGUGUAUAGAAUAAAUUUCUUGUUAAAAUGA